AGAGUCCAUUAUGUAUGGACGAGGCGCGAGCGUGCCGUGGUGCCAUUAGCAGCGUCGUCGGCGCUGCCUCUUGUGCGUCUGGACGUUCGGGCCAAGUGGCCUUUCCGAAAAAGGGGUGCUCGCAGCACCCCUUGUACGUGUCGCGUGCUUGUUUUUUCGCCGGCGCCGGUUGUUGACGCUGGAAACGGCUUCAAGAAUCCCAUGUCCAUACAAACACCAAGUGACUUUCGAUGGCAUUUUGCAACUUGCGAUGAUCCCACCACUCCAGUUCGAGUCGUACAAGGCCCGACACGAUCGUCGGGGCAGCGACCCGGGCCCGGUCGCGCCGGCGACGUGGCAGCUGCCCUUCUCGCGCGUCUCGCCGCAGGCCCUCGGCAUGGACUCGGUGCGCCUCUGCGCGAAAAGCGAGUGGGCACCCAAGGGGAAGGACGUGCGCUGCGCAUGCUGCGACAAGAAGCUCAUGCUCUUUGGGAAGCACAACUGCCGGGUCUGUGGCGACCUCGUGUGCGGCCGGUGCUCGGUCAAGCGCAUCAAGACGUCGUCGCUCAAGUCGAUCCGCACGUGCGACAAGUGCGUCCAGCACAACCUGAUGCAAUUCAACCGCCGCCGCCAGCACCAACAAGCGGUGACCGAGGCCGAGGCCGCGCCAGUUGUGAGCCGCCCAAUCGUCGCGCCGCGGCCGCGCGCCAUGACGACGCACGAAGUCACACGCGCCUCGUCCGAGUCGACACUCCGCCACGCGACGGCCUCGGCGCGGACCCUCUCGGUGCACGCGGCGGAGGCGCCAACAAUGCCCCGGCUCGCGUCCAUGCGCUCGAUGCCGCGGGCGGCGUCCAGCCGCGCGCUACCGACGCGCCCAUCGUCCGAGGCCUCGGGCUUGUCGUGGCAGUCCAAGGUGCUCUUCUUGUACGGCCUCGUGCUCUGCGGCGUCAUCGUCUUUGAGGCGCCGCUCGAUGUGACGCUCCUUCUCUUUGCGAUGCUGGCGCUUGCGUUCGGCUGCAUGGCUCGUAUCGAGUAUGCAUCCAGCACCAAGCAAGUCGAUCGGAUAUUGGGCUAGAUUCGACAUGACAAGCUAAUUUAUUCGUUGCACCUUACGACUCUAAGAAGGGCUCCGACGACGCUCAGAUCGGUCGAUGACGCAUGGGGCAAGGCGGACCUUUCAUCUAGGCGGGAGCAACUCGGGCUCGGCAAAGAUUCC